AUGGGGGCAUCACAGCAAGACUAUCAUGGCGACAAUAGCAACAAUGAAAAGGCAGCACAAGUGAUGGAAACGACGCAUACUGAGCGUGUCAUCGUACAAGAUAAAAAGAUAGACGGAGACGCAGCUUCGUCGGACUCUUCGGACGGUGUCGAAAAUGAUGAAGAGAAAGCGAAAGGGUUCCGGAAGCCGUACGUCAAAUCUGAAGCAGAGAAGAAACUUGUCCGAAAGAUCGCAUGCACUCUGAUGCCUUUUGUGGCAUGGAUUCUUAUGUUACAGUUCGCAGAUAAAGCAGCAUUAAGUGUAUCGGCUGUACUUGGAAUCUACGAUGAUGUGCAUUUGACUGGGUCACAAUUCAGCUGGCUUGGUUCCAUGUUUUUCAUAGGGCAUUUAGUCUGUCAGCCUUUCAAUAACAUUCUGCUACAAAAGCUUCCAGUUGGACGUUAUCUCGGUGUCUGCAUUUUUAUUUGGGGUUUUAUCAUGCUUGCAACAGCUGGACAAGGAUCGAGAAACAACAGUGAUUUGGAAUCUAAUUAUGAGCUACCUCCGUAUUUCUUCAGUGUUUACCUUAUUGUCAAUACACUCUUUCGACGAUCUGAGCAGACGACAUUUUAUGGUAUUGUUACCAUGGCAAGCGGAUGGGGCUCUAUCUUUGGAGGCUUAGUAGCUUAUGGUAUUUCUAACCUUGGUCAUCAGCGAGGAAUUAUGAUGUGGCGCUGGAACCACAUCAUUUUUGGUGCAUUGACUAUCCUUCUCGGACUUCUCUGUUUCUUCUUCUUGGUCGACAACCCCAAGUCAUGGCUCUUGCGAUUGACCGAAGAAGAAGAAAAAAUUGCAGAUGAACGAACACGAGAUAAUGCCGUUGUUCGCCACCAGAACAUCAAAUGGGGGCAGAUGUUGGAAGCAUUGACAGAAGUUCGCUUUUACUGCAUCUGCCUUGCUGUCAUGGGAUUGAAUAUGCAAAAUGGUGCACUUCAAGUUUUCAGCGCACAAUUUAUCAAGGAACUCGGUGACUUUACUGCUGGAGAAUCGAUUCUGCUCAAGGUACCUGCUGGUACAUGCUCUUUCUUGGGUGUCGUGUUUGCAACCAUUGUAGCAAGACGCACUGGUCAAAUCUGCUACACUGGAGCUUUCAUGUCUACCGUCAGUCUAAUUGGUUGCAUUAUCCUUGCUGUUGUCGAACAAGGUCCUGCCAAGCUUGCUGGAUUUUACAUUUCAUGGUUCUUGACUGGAGGUUACAGUUUGCUAAUUACCACAAUUGGAACUAACGUGUCUGGCUACAGUAAGAAGAUCUUCUAUAACGGUGCCUUUGUUAUUUUCUAUACAAUCGGCAACUUUAUCGGUCCAUUAUGCAUGGUUGAAAGAGAGGCACCGCGAUACACAGGUGCGAUGAUUGGCUUCUGUAUUGGUAACGGUGUUGCCAUUGCUAGUUAUCUGGUGAUGCGUUUCAUGAUGGCCAAGGAGAAUCAGAAGCGGUUGGCGAAUCCUCCCGCAGAGGAAACGGACGUCACUUUGGAUCUCACCGAUAAACAAGAUAGAAACUACAUUUAUAAACUAUAG